AUGACAUUUGAAAUCCUCGAGACUGCUAUAGCUAAAUUCGGGCAUGCAAUGCUGGAGAGCGAGGAAGGAAUCACCGAAAAGCGCCGAGUGGAAACAAAUCCGAACAAGAAUAUGGCGCGAUGGCCGAUCGGCAGCUCCACUCUUCAAUCGACGGCAAUCCACCCAAAAUUUAUCUUUCUCCCCAGCAACGUGCCUCCUGUCCACCCUUCCACAGUCCUCGCCAUGUCUGGUGCUCGGAAUCUUUCAGCCGCCUUGCGGCGGGUUCGAGUGUCUCGUCCUCGCAUUGCCCUCCGUCCGGCCCUCCCUCGCACACCCUUCGCGACCGUCCGCAGCUUCAGCGUCAGCUCUCCCGUCCGGGCUGACAAGGAGAUCAAGUACACCAGCGAUGCCUACCCGAAUGUCCAGCGCAACCCCAACUUCGCGGAGCUCACCGCCGACGAUGUCACCUACUUCAAGGAGCUUCUGGGUUCCGAGUCCGCGGUCAUCGACGGCGUGACCUCCGAUGCGACAGACGAUAUUGAGCCCUUCAACAGCGACUGGAUGCGCAAAUACCGCGGCCACACUCGAUUGGUGCUGAAGCCCAAGACCACCGAGGAAGUCAGCCAGGUGCUGAAAUACUGCAAUGAGAAGAAGCUGGCUGUGGUGCCUCAGGGUGGAAACACUGGCCUUGUCGGUGGCUCUAUCCCCGUCUUCGAUGAGAUCGUGGUCAAUACCUCGCGCAUGAACAACAUUCGCUCCUUCGACCAGGCGUCGGGCGUUCUGGUCGCCGACGCCGGUGUGAUUCUGGAAGUUGCUGACCUGUACCUCGCCGAGCGCGACCACCUUUUCCCUCUGGACCUGGGUGCCAAGGGAUCCUGCCACAUUGGAGGCAACGUUUCGACAAAUGCCGGUGGACUGCGUCUGCUGCGUUACGGCAGCUUGCACGGCAGUGUGCUGGGCCUUGAGGCUGUCCUGCCGGACGGGACAAUCGUCGAUGCGCUUUCUACCCUGCGCAAGAACAACACAGGAUAUGAUCUGAAGCAGCUGUUCAUCGGCUCCGAGGGUACGAUCGGUUUGAUCACUGGUGUUUCUAUCCAAUGUCCCCCGCGCCCCAAGGCUGUGAAUGUUGCCUACUUCGGACUGGAGAGCUUCGAGCAAGUGCAGCGUGCCUACUUGGAGGCCAAGGGCCAGCUUUCUGAGAUUCUGUCUGCGUUCGAACUGAUGGAUGGCCGCAGCCAACGCCUUGUCCAGGAUUCUACUGGCACCAAGCAACCCAUCGAGGGCGAGUACCCCUUCUACUGUUUGAUCGAGACUAGUGGCUCCAAUGCCGAGCACGACAUGGCUAAGCUUGAAUCAUUUCUUGAGAACGUUAUGGGUGAAGGUAUCGUCGCUGACGGUGUCCUGGCCCAAGAUGAGACCCAAUUCCAGGCUCUGUGGCGCUGGCGUGAGGGUAUUACCGAGGCUCUGAGCCACCUUGGCGGUACCUACAAGUACGAUGUCUCGAUUCCUCUCUCUGAGUUGUACCAGCUGGUGGAAGACUGCAAGCAGCGCUUGACCGAGAAGGGCUUUGUCGGAGAUGACGAUUCCUUCCCUGUUCGCGCUGUCGUUGGCUAUGGUCACAUGGGUGAUUCCAAUUUGCACCUGAACGUUGCCGUCAGGAAAUACGACAAGGAAGUCGAGAAGGCCAUUGAGCCUUGGGUGUAUGAGUGGAUCCAGAAGCGACAGGGCAGUAUCAGUGCUGAGCACGGUCUGGGAAUUGCCAAGCGUGAAUACAUUGGCUACAGCCAGAACGAUACGAUGGUCAAGUUGAUGAAGCAGCUGAAGAACCUCUACGACCCGAACGGUAUCAUGAACCCCUACAAGUAUAUCUAG